AUGAAACCGCAAGAUUCAUUUGCUUUCUUCUUUGCAGAUGGUCUGCGAGUUUUCCGGGAGUUUCUACGUGGUGAGUUCAGCGACGAAAAUAUCGAAUUCUGGAUUGCCUGCCAACAAUACAAGUCUCUUGAAGUUGGAGAUCAUUCCAAAGCAGAGGCACAGAAAAUAUACAAUGAAUUUAUUGCUUUUCAAUCACUGCGUGAGGUGAAUCUGGACUGUGAGACAAGGUUACAAACUGAAUCCCGUUUGGCAGAGGCGGAGCCUGAUCUGUUUGAUGCCUGCCAGAAGCGAAUUGAGGCCCUGAUGGAAAAGGAUCCCUACAUACGUUUUUUACGGUCGGCUUUGUACUACAAGUUGAAGGAGGUGACUGGCGUCUCGGUUGCAGACUCUGCUCAUCAGACAUCCGGCGUCCUUGAUUGUGGCAACAUUAAACAGAUGGGUGCGAGCUCACCGCUUAAUUCUGACAUUCCUUUAGUGCUAUCGCUUCCCCAGAAUUCGAUCCCUUCGCCGCAGGUUGCCUGGAAACCUCCGUCGGAUCGUGUCUGUACGGACGUCCUAGACAAGGCGCUGAUAGCGAAUUUUGACAAGAAAAUUGCCCUCCAAGCCCCUUACAGCCCAUUACUUGAUGCUAUCGUUCUGAAUUCUCUCGCCUGCACCCCAUCUACGAUUUCCCUUAGGGACAAAACCAGGGCCAAUCAUGGGCAAAACAGACAUUCUAUUGACCUGAGCGAUAUGGUUAUUCAGUAA